UUCUAUCCUGGAAUGCAUACUUUAGAAUUGCCAAAGUUGAAGGAGUUGGUGGUGACAGAUUCUGAUAAAUGUCUGAGCUUCAAAAGCAGCAUUGAGGAGAGUGAAACUGAUAGUUUAGAUCUAAAAGCUAUCUCCUUGGACGAUAAGAUCAACUCUCAUUUGGAGGUAUUUGAAUUACGGAAUGAUUUAGUAGAAAUUACUUGGCAAAAUCAAUCUAAAACUCUUAGAAUCUCUGCCGAUGAGCCAACCUAUAUUCCACUUGGACUCUUUCAAAGAUUUCACAAUGUGAAAGAGCUUCGACUAAAUCAGUGUAAUUUAAAUGAUGUUUGGAGUUGUGAAAUGUCUUUGAGUCCACUGCUAUCUACACCUUCUUCCCAGAAUCUUAAAGUUCUUCAGGUAGAAUGGUGCGAUUGGCUCUUUAACUUAAUGACACCUUCAAUGGCUAGAAACUUGGUACAAUUGAGAGAAUUGAGCAUAUCAUGGUGUGACAGGCUAUUUGAAAUUGUAGAAAAUGAGAGAGAUGCAACAUCAAGUAGUGAACAAGUUGUUUUUAACAAUUUGAACAAAUUGUCACUUGAAAAUUUACAUUUUCUCUCAUUCUUUUGCUCUGGGAAUUACUCUUUCAAUUUCCCAUCUUUGGAAGAGUUAAUUAUAAAAGGAUGCUCCAAUAUGAAGUCUUUUUCUCAAGGAAUGUUAAGCACACCAAAGUUACACAAAGUCAAUUAUGAGGGAAAGGAGGUAGAAAAUGGAGGGAAUGGCUUGAAUUCAACUAUACAACAAGCACACAAAGAACAGGUAUGCAUUCAAUUAAUUAGCUUAAAUAGAUUUCUGUAA